GCGCAUCGCCAACAUCACCUUUGGUUGGAGACCUCUACCCGAAUCCGUUCUCUUUCACUCGUUCAAUUAGGAAAUACUCCGAUUAACGCAUAUCAUAAUGCCUCCCAACGCGAAGACUGUCGAGGAUCCCGAACUUACGGUCCGCCUGAAGUACGGCAUGCAUACCAUCUUUCUCAUAGCUAUGGCAGACUGGUCGUUUUCCCGUCUUACCGCCGAGCUACUCUCGAUUCUCCGAGACCGCUACCCCAACGGCCUGAACACCUCGACCAACCCCGCCGAGUCGCAGGUAACGCCUGUACCAGCCAAUGACAGCGAUGUCAAAGUAGCAUACGCACUUCCAAAGAACCCCAAUGAUCUGAAUCAAGGAUGGAGGACCAUCAAGGCAACAGAGACCGACACAAUCGGCAAGAAGGGGCUGACGGACAUGUGCUCUGUUGCCUUCACCUUUCUGGAACCCGACGCAGACGAGGCUAGCGCCCAGUUUGUGGUGGAGGUUCCGAUUAUUGAGGAAGAGGAGGAAUAAGACUUGUGAAUACUCCAAGCGGCGUCUUGUCUGGUUUUCCAUUGCGUCUCUCAUGAGAGUAAGGCGCGUGGAGCAUUCUGAGAUUGGCGUUCACCAUGAUAUAAGAUACCCGGAGCCAGGUGUUACCCGAGGGGACAGUCCGAUACCCUAAUGGGCCUCCAAUCAGUGCUGGCUCCAAAAAGCUUGAAAGUUCUUGUAAAUUUUGAAUGGCUGAAGGCAUCGGUAAAAGCAAACCUCCACCGCCAAGGCCAAUGCUUUGGGACGCAAUUUAUGAUGCCCAGACCAAAGGCGGACAGGAGCACAGAAUCAGGCUUAGUAAGCAUGAG